AUGGCAGGCGGAAGCAAAAAACCAGUCAAUAUUUUCCGCCUCAAGGAUCUCGGUGAGCCGCAGGAGGUGUUCAACUGGCGGCUGUGGUUUGCCGUGCUCUCCUUCGGUCUGAUGGGCGCUGCACGAGGUGUCGAUGAGGGCUUGAUCUCAGGCGCUUUCGAUUCGGUUGAUUUCCAGCGGUACAUAAACUACGAGUCUUACAGCAAGGUCGAACAAACCAACAUCAAGGGUAAUGUGUCUGCCAUGGUGCAGAUUGGAUCGGUCGGGGUCUGUGACCGCAUCGGCCGAAUUUGGGCCACCCGCCAGUUGUGCCUGUUGUGGAUUCUGGGCAUUGCCAUCUUCAUGGGCAACGACGGCAGUCUGGGCGCUGUGUACGCCGGCCGUUUUGUGGCUGGACUGGGGGUUGGGCAGACUGUUGUUGUCGCGCCUGUUUAUCUGGCAGAGAUUGAGGUCCCGACCAGCUUGCAUAUCAUCUUUGCAGGUCUGGUAUUCCUACUCUCUUUCUUCCAGGAGGAGUCGCCCCGAUACCUGGUCAAGAAAGGCAAGCUGGAGAAGGCCAUCGCCAAUCUCGCUAAAGUCCGCAAUCUGCCCCCAGACCAUGAGUAUAUCGUUCGCGAAAUCACUGCCAUACAGACAUCGCAUCAGAUGGAGAUGGAGGCUACAAUGGGAUCGGGUCCAUGGGGGGUCGUCAAGGAAAUGUUCCUGGUUCCGUCGAAUUUCUAUCGCAUCUAUCUUGCUUCGAUGACACAAAUCCUAUCACAGUGGUCGGGUGCAGGCAGCAUUACCAUCUACGCCACGGACCUCUUCAAGCUGCUCGGGAUCACUGGGUCGAAUGAGAACCUCCUGGUCACAGCCAUCUUCGGUAUCAUCAAACUUCUCGCCGCCGUUGCAUGCGCGCUGUUUCUUGUAGAUGUCAUUGGUCGCAAGCGGGCUCUGCUUCUAGGUAUCGCAUUGCAAGCAAUUUCAAUGAUCUAUGUCGCGAGCUUCCUAUCAGCGGUGCCCGAGAUCGGAGUCGUGAAGGAUUUCAAGGUUCCUGACAGUCAGAAAGGAGCCAGCAAAGGUGCGAUAGCCAUGAUUUACAUAUCAGGAUUUGGUUGGGCUCUCGGCUGGAACUCGAUGCAGUAUCUCCUCACAGCCGAGCUAUUUCCUCUCCGGAUUCGGGCGCUGGCCACGUCGCUCGCCAUGACGCUGCAUUUUGCAAACCAGUAUGGCAAUUCACGGGCGGUCCCCAACAUGCUACUCCCCAUAGCCAGUGGUGGCAUUACCCCCAAGGGCACUUUCUGGUUAUUUGCUGUUGUCACUGUUCUUGGAGGCUUGUGGGUGUGGUUCAGUGUUCCCGAAACGGCCGGUCGGUCUCUUGAGAGCAUGGAUCGGCUCUUCGCCUUGCCUUGGUACCAAAUUGGCCGCCAUGGAAACCGAGACGCGGAGGCGCGCGACCAGGCCAUCAAUGAGAAGACAGACAUGAUAGCAGAGAGCCGCGGAACCACUCGUCAUGUCGAGACGCAGGGUGCCACAGUGGAAGUCUGA